UAUGACAACAAUUAGUUAACCCAUUUAAUGUUAAAUCAGUUAACAUAUUUUAACUCGGUCCAAUUAUAUCAUAAGUUUCAUAACACAUCAACGAUAAGGGAUAGAUUUUCUCUUGCAUAAAAGGAGACAAAUGUUUUUCAUAUUUUUAUAAAUGAUUGUCGUCUCUUAUUUAGUAUGAUUUCUUUCCCAAAAAAAAAAAAAAAAUUUGUAAUAUAAAAUUAUUCUUUUAUUUAAUUAUCCAAAUACAUUUAAAAUUUUCUUAUUAUGAGUUCAAUUUUUUUGUUAAUUGAAUAAAUAGUUAAUCUAUUUUUAAAAGUGAAAGGUGAGAGUUCAAAUUUAGGAUUUAGAGCUUCUUGCAAAUGAAAAAAAAAAAAAAAAAAAAAAUUUUCCAUUAUUAAAAAAAAAAAUCUACGUAAUAUUUUUUUUAGAUGUAUAAGAAACUUAUUCAAAUACUUUUACAAAUAAAAUACAAAUAGUAAUAUUUUAAUGAAUUGUUUUCGAGUGCUGAAAUAAUUAAAAUUCUAAACUCACAAUUUAAUGCUCAUUAGUUUAAUUGUUUUCUAUAUUUUUGAAGUCGGUUUUAUAACCGUAGCCGAAACCUUGGACUUUUUCUUUUCGUCCUCCCAAACCUUGGACUGAAGUUUGCAAAUUUCGCUGAUUAUACUCUGUCCCACUGAGAUCAGGCCCACUCUCUUUGCCGCGAUUACCCAUCGACACCGCCUAUUGGCAACAACGGUUUUCCUGUGCUAGAAAAUUUCGUGUUUUUUCCAGGAAAGUGAAAAGGCCACUGUUUGGUUCUAUGGAAAGAACGAGAACGGAGAAAACAAAAUUAUACUAGAAAUGGAUUCAAUUAUUUACUCAUAUUCGAAAAUUUUCUUUACUUUGCUUUCAUUCUUUGCAAUGGCGGAGCGGCCGGUAAAUUCUUCCAUUAAUCGCGGUUUUAAUGGAAAUCGCACUGAUGCAUUAGACUGCUUUACUUAUUUCUGGUUGUUUCAGAUACAUCUCAUCAGAGCACGUCUGCGGAGAAAUAUCAUAGUAACCCAAUGCUUGGUGAGCGCGAGAUUGUGAAUGGAAAGGCAAGUAAAUAUGUGUGGUUAACAUACAAGGAAGUAUAUGAUGUAGUUUUAAAGGUUGGAGCUUCCAUCCGCAGUUGUGGCGUUAAGCAGGGGGAACGAUGUGGAAUCUAUGGUGCCAAUUGCUCGAAAUGGAUAGUAAGUAUGCAGGCCUGCAAUGCUCAUGGACUUCACUGUGUUCCUUUAUAUGACACUCUAGGUGCUGGUGCAGUGGAAUAUAUCAUUUGUCAUGCAGAGAUUUCAAUUGCCUUUGUCGAAGAAACUAAGAUUCCUGAGGUGUUGAAAACAUUUCCUACUACUGGAAAAUACUUGAAAACUCUUGUGAGCUUUGGCAUGGCUACAGCAGAACAAAAGGAGAUGGCCCAAAAUUUUGGGUUGGCAAUAUAUUCUUGGGUUGAAUUUUUGCAGCUGGGAAUGAAUGAACUAUUUGACCUCCCAAUAAAGAAGAAAAGUGAUAUAUGUACAAUAAUGUAUACAAGUGGAACAACUGGUGACCCAAAGGGAGUAAUGAUCUCUAACGAGAACAUCCUUUCUAUCAUAUUUGGAGUAGAUCAUCAUCUAGAGAGUAUGAAUGAAGAGUUCAGUGAGCAGGAUGUAUACUUGUCGUAUCUUCCUUUAGCACAUAUAUUUGAUCGGGUGAUUGAGGAAUUGUUCAUUUACUCUGGUGCCUCAAUAGGAUUUUGGCGUGGGGACAUUAAACUAUUGAUUGAGGACAUCAAAGAGCUAAAGCCAACUGUGUUUUGUGCUGUUCCACGUGUGUUAGACAGGAUUUAUUCAGGUUUGAAAGAGAAGAUUUCUUCUGGAGGUUUCCUCAAGCAUACAUUAGUUAAGAUUGCAUACUCCUACAAACUAUACAACAUGAGUAAAGGUUAUAAACAUGCAGAUGCAGCUCCUGUUUUUGACAAAAUUGUUUUCAGUAAGGUGAAGGAAGGUCUAGGAGGAAAUGUGCGUCUCAUUUUAUCUGGAGCAGCGCCUCUUUCUACCUGUGUGGAAACCUUUCUACGGGUGGUGGCAUGUGCUCAUGUUCUACAAGGAUAUGGUCUCACAGAAACCUGUGCUGGAUCAUUUGUUGCACAACCAAAUGAACUAGCAAUGAUUGGUACUGUUGGGCCUCCACUGCCAAACGCGGAUGUAUGCCUGGAAUCUGUUCCUGAAAUGGGUUAUGAUGCCCUUGCAAGCACCCCUCGUGGAGAAAUAUGUAUACGGGGUAACAGCCUGUUCUCAGGAUAUUAUAAACGCGAAGACCUCACAAAAGAGGUGAUUGUUGACGGAUGGUUCCACACAGGGGACAUUGGUGAGUGGCAACCAGACGGAAGCAUGAAAAUUAUUGACCGCAAGAAAAACAUUUUCAAGCUUUCUCAGGGAGAAUAUGUCUCAGUUGAGAAUCUGGAGAACAUUUAUUCCCUUGUUUCUGGUAUUGACUCGAUAUGGAUAUAUGGCAACAGCUUUGCGUCUUAUCUUGUUGCUGUUGUCAACCCCAAUAAGCAAGCUCUUGAAUGUUGGGCUGAAGAGAAUGGAGUGGCUGGGGAAUUUAACAGCAUAUGUGAAAGUCCCAAGGCAAAAGCAUACAUUCUUGGAGAACUUACAAAGAUUGCUAAAGAACAAAAGUUAAAGGGUUUUGAAUUUGUUAAAGCUGUCCACCUCGAACCCAUACCGUUUGACAUGGAGCGUGGCCUUCUCACCCCAACAUUCAAGAAAAAGAGGGCCCAAUUUCUCAACUACUAUCAGAAUGUUGUCGACGUUAUGUACAAGAGCACAAAAUAAACUUGAUGAUACUGAAGGCCACACAUUGCUGGAGUGUUUAUUUUGUUGGACCCUAAAAGGUCUCUUAUACCAAUACCAUAAUCAGUGGUUUUGUUUUGAUAUUUCAUGAACCUCAUGUGGUGGGUGAGUAUAUGUAAACUAUUGAUUUGUUGGAUGGAAAAAUAUAACUACAAAAGUGGGAGUCCCUUUUGCAAGAAGUUAUUGAAAUGUCAUUUUGUGAGUAAUUUAGGUGUCCUUAAUGUCAUUCUGGUGGGCUACACUCGUGUGUAGUUGCGUUUCACUUCGUGCUGAUUUUGAAUGGAUUUUAUAAGGAAAUAAAGAUU